CGAACGUGCCUCCGAAGGACUCGCCUCCGAAGACCGCGUAGGCUGCGUCCUCCGAAGGAUGCAGCCCCUGAAUUGAGACACAGCUUGUGUGUGUGUUUUGUCAUUUCCCUGUCUGUUACUCCUCCUCCUGUGUCUCUUCCCCUUGGUUGUGUCUUGUGGGUGAAUGUGGGCGGGGUUUCCAAUCAACAGGCAGCACCAGGUGAAGCCCAUUCACUAAUCAACCCUCUACUAUAAAUCCUCUGGAUUUCCUUAUACUCAUCGCCAGAUCGCACUUCAGUUUUCAGUGAGAUUGCCGUGCAUGAUCGCUUCCCUGUCUGCUGCUGAAACUGCCUGCCUUUGCCUGAGCUCCUGUUUCCCUCUGUGGGAGUAUGCCGGAGAGAGGGACUGCUCCGCUCUGUACCCACGGCGCCAUUACCACAGGGUGGACUCCAAAUAAAAGACUUGUAUAUUCACAAUUCAUCUUUGCCUGAGUUCUGCUUUUGGGUCCAGUCCUGGUUACAAUCCAUAACAAAUGGCCACAUUAAAAGCAGGACGCAGACGGGCUGACACCAUGCAGGAUUAUGAUGAGACUACAGCGUUCCUGGGUCAGUGGGGACGCUUCCAGCAGGUGGUCUUCUUUGUGCUCGUAGCCAGCAUCAUACCCAACGGAUUUGGAGCUUUUUCUGUCGUCUUCUUUGCUGACAUUCCCAGACACCACUGCCUGCUUCCUGAUGUGAACAUCACUGAAGACUGGCUCCAUGUCAUCAUCCCAGUAGAGGUGAUAGAUGGAGAAGAGAAGCGGAGCAGCUGCAGCAGGUACCGGCUGGAUGUGGUCCAGAACCUCUCCGCUCAGGGAUUCCUUCCUGGCAGGGACGUGAACCUGACGGAGCUGCAGCAGGAGGGCUGUGUGGACGGGUGGAGCUACAGCAAAGACAUCUACCAGUCUACCAUCGUCUCUGAGUUUGACCUGGUCUGCAGCGAGCAGUGGAAGCAGCCCUUCACCUCCACAGUUGGCUUUCUUGGUGUUCUCUUUGGAUCCCUGGUCUCAGGACAGCUCUCAGACCGGUUUGGAAGGAAGCCAGUCCUCUUUGCAACCAUGGCAAUCCAAACAGUUUUUACCUUUGUGCAAAUCUUCUCCUCUUCGUGGGCGGUGUUCUGCGUCCUCCUGUUCUUUGGUGGAAUGGGACAGAUCUCAAACUAUGCGUCUGGCUUCGUGCUGGGCUCUGAGAUUCUGACCGGGCAUGUGCGAGUCCUGUAUUCAUCGAUGGGCGUGUGUCUGGGCUUUGCUGUGGGCUACAUGACGCUGCCUCUCUUGGCUUUCUAUUUCAGGGACUGGAAAUCUCUCCUGUUGGCUUUGUCUCUGCCCGGCCUGGUCUACUUACCUCUCUGGUGGGUCAUCCCAGAGUCUCCCAGAUGGCUGCUCACUCAGGGACGAGUGGAGGAGGCUGAGUCCAUCGUGAGGAAGGCUGCUAAGUGGAACAAAGUUCAGGCUCCACAGGUCAUCUUUAAGGAUUACAGCGCACAUGUUGAUGAGAAGAAGACUCCCUCAAUAGAGCGUCACAGUGUCUUCAGCCUGCUGAGGACCAAGACCCUCAGAAGCCCGACUCUGAUCCUGUGCCUACUGUGGUUUACUCUGAGUACUGCAUACUGCGGCCUGUCCCUGAACACAUCACGGCUUCAUGCUAACCCCUAUCUCAGCUGCUUCAUUUCAGCUGCUAUAGAGGUAUUCCUAGCCUCUCUGUUGCGUUGGAGAUGCUGGGUAAGUUUGGUAUUACCAUCGGCACGUCCCUGAUGUAUGCAUACACAGCAGAACUUUACCCGACAGUCAUCAGGAACACAGCGACCGGAACGUGUUCUAUGACGUCCAGAGUGGGAAGCUGCAUCGCACCGUUCUUAUUAG